GUUAACAUGCCAAAUAAAGAAAAAAUAAAAAAGCAAAAGCAAAAAACCUUUUUUUUCCUUUCAUUUCUUUGAAGAAGAAUAUGUAUCCAUGAUCAUUCACUUGAUCACCACUAGAUCAUUCAUCCCCACUUCUUCUUCAUCAACUUCCCAAUUGAAAAUCCAAUCUUUCACCCUCAAAACCCCCCCAAAAUUCAAGAAACGUAAACCCUAGGUUUCAACAAACAAUGUGUUUGAUCCGAUGAUGAAUGCAUCAUCAAACCCUAAUUCAAUUAUGUCAACAACCCAACAAGCUUCUGGAUUGAAGACCUAUUUCAAAACCCCUGAAGGAAGAUACAAGCUUAAGUAUGAAAAGACUCAUCCUUCUGGUCUUCUUCACUAUAAUCUUGGAAAAUCUGUUACUCAGGUGACUCUGGCUCAUCUCAAGGAUAAACCGGUGCAUGCCAUGUCAUCGUCAUCUUCAAGUAUAGGCAUCAGUAGUGGAGUAAAAUCUGCAGCAGCAAAAUUCUUAGGUGGCGGCAACGGGAGUCGAGCGCUUAGUUUUGUUGGCGGUAACGGUAGUAGCAAAUCUUCAAGCGGGGUGUCGAAAGUCGGAUCAUUGGGUACUUCGUAUACUAAUAGUUAUACGCCCAAUUUAAACUUUGACGGCAAAGGAACUUACUUGAUAUUCAAUGUUGGUGAUGCAAUUUUCAUUAGUGAUCUUAAUUCUCAAGAUAAGGACCCUAUAAAGUCUAUACAUUUUAGUAAUUCAAAUCCUGUUUCCCAUGCUUUUGACUCGGACGCUAAAGAUGGACAUGAUUUGCUCAUCGGGUUGAAUUGUGGAGAUGUUUAUUCGGUAUCAUUAAGACAACAAUUACAAGAUGGUGGGAAAAAGCUUGUUGGUGCCCAACAUUAUAAUAAAGAUGGAUGUGUCAAUAACAGUCGUUGUACUGGUAUUGCGUGGGUUCCUAACGGCGAUGGAAUUUUCGUUGUUGCACAUGCAGAUGGAAAUAUGUAUGUAUAUGAAAAGAGUAAAGAGGGCUCAGGCGAUCCGUCAUUCCCGGUCAUCAAGGAUCAAACUCAAUUUUCCGUUUCACAUGCACGCUACAGUAAGAAUCCAAUUUCGAGAUGGCAUAUAUGUCAAGGAUCGAUAAAUAGUAUUGCGUUUUCAAGUGAUGGAGGUUAUAUUGCAACUGUUGGAAGAGAUGGUUAUCUGCGAGUUUUUGACUUUAAAACUGAACAACUUAUCUGUGGAGGCAAAAGCUAUUACGGUGCUUUAUUAUGUUGCACUUGGAGCAUGGAUGGAAAAUACAUAUUAACGGGAGGCGAAGAUGACCUGGUCCAAGUAUGGAGUAUGGAAGAACGGAAAAUCGUAGCAUGGGGUGAAGGACAUAAUUCAUGGGUCAGUGGCGUCGCGUUUGAUUCAUAUUGGUCUGCCCCCAAUACAGAUGGCACCGGGGAAAGUAUCGUAUAUCGGUUUGGUUCUGUCGGUCAGGACACACAAGUGCUAUUAUGGGAUCUUGAAAUGGACGAGUUAGUGGUGCCAAUGCGUAGGGCUCAUGGUGGGUCCCCAACAAUGAGUACCGGGUCCCAGUCUGCUCACUGGGACCAAACAUAUCCAGCUGGCACUUUACGACCUGCACCAAGCAUGCGCGAUGUUCCAAAGCUAUCACCUUUGGUGGUUCAUCGUGUUCAUACCGAACCACUCUCGGGUUUGAUAUUCACACAAGAGUAUGUACUUACCGCGUGUCGAGAAGGUCACAUCAAGAUCUGGACCAGACCUAAUUCGUCAAACGACGGUCAAUCUACAGCGUCUGACUCGCUUUCGGGGACCGGUUUUAAGGAGAAACCGUUGUUCUCGGGUAAAGUUGGAAGUCUUGGUUACAGGCAAUGAUACGGUUUGGGUUUUUAUGUAGUCUUUCGGCUUUUUAAAGCGCGGUUAAUAAUAUAUAGUCUAACAACAUCAACAUGAAUGUGUGUCAUGGGGUAGAGUGAUGAGAUGACGACGACAUAAAAACGAGGUUACCUUUUUUUUUGUUUUUUAUAAGGUGUAGAUUCGAAUCGACGACCUUAGUUGACCUGAUCCUUUGAAAGGGUUGUUGAUAAGUUACAAGAUAACUAAUGAGUUAAUCUUUUUCUUUCUUUGAGAUAUCAAAGUUGUUGUAGAUGGAGAUCUUUUCCGCGAGUAUCACCCGUUA